GGCUACACUGCUGCUGUCAUUGCCAUCUGACAGAUGAGUGAUGGUCUUGAAAAUUUUUAUUUUUAUUCUAUAAACAAUAAUGUUGUAAAAAUCCUUACAUAAAAUUCUGUGGUGUAAAUAAGAUUACGAGUCGCUAGAAAAAAGGAGUAUUUUUUCACGAUUUAUCGAAUUAUUCAUAUCAGAAAAAUAAAGUUGGAAAUGUAAAAAACCUGAAGGUCUUUUGUAAAUAAUGUUUAUUGUUUUGGAAAAUAAUUAAAUUAAUGCUUCUUGUGUCAGCUUAGUGGAUAAAUGCAGUGAUUUCCGUGUGUGUAAAAUAGGUUCUUAUCAUUUAUCUUACCCUUUGUUGUUUUAAAUUUUGAUCAGUUUGUUGCUACUAUUUCACAAAAAAAUGGAUCAAGAAAUUCGCCAAGCAGCUGAGAACCUCAUACGGUCCAAUAGUCACAAUAUUCAGUCACCGACACUAGAUAUAUCUCAUUCACAUAGUAUUAAUACAAUACCAUCCCUGCAUCCGGACUACAUAAUAUCUGAAGACUUGUUGGCUGGACACCGAGCUAAUGGCAGGAUGUCCAAUGUUAGAAGAUUCUUCUGUAUGUUUGUUACGUUUGAUUUAUUGUUUACCGGACUUAUGUGGCUAAUUUGUGUAAUGUUGAAAGGUGAAAACAUUAGGAAAGCUUUAAAUGAACAAAUUUAUCAUUACAACGUACAAACUUCUUUAUUUGAUGUAGUGCUAGCGGCUCUUUGCCGUUUUGUCGUCUUAUUAUUAUUUUAUGCUCUCAUUUAUAUGAACCAUUGGAUCAUAGUUUCCAUAUCAACAACUUUAACUUGUAUAUUUCUCAUAGCCAAAGUUUUUUUGUACGAUUGGCCUCACUCCACACAACCUGUUUUUGAGGUGCUUUUAGUUUUAAUAUCAUUUGUUCUAUCAUGGGGUGAGGCAUGGUUCCUGGAUUUCCGGGUAUUGCCCCAAGAGUCACAUGCUCGGAGAUUUCUCAUUACUAAUACGGAUUCAGAAAGGGCACCAUUAAUUCAAAGUUAUGUUCGUGGAUUGCCAUCCAUGUACACUGAAAGUGUUGGGAACUUUUAUUCACCUCUUGCCUCGCCUGACGGCUCCAUGUACGGGUUUAAUUCAGGUCCGGUGUUGGGCAGGUACCCACCAGUAGCACUGACAAGGGAACAAGAAGAAAAUUACAAAACUUUGGCUGCGAAAACGAUGCAAGAAGCUUGGGAUUUGUUACAUAAGAAAGAUUGGAAGUUGGAAAAAGCCAAUGGGGCUGAUUCGGUACAUACCAUGACUGUGCCUAAAGUAGGAAAAAUCUUUAAACUCACUGCGUAUUUGGAUGUUACUCCAAAAUUUUUACUUGAUGAAUUAUUUUAUCGUGUAGAAAGUCUCCCACAAUGGAAUCCAGCUCUAUUGGAGUCCCACAAAGUGCAAGUUAUUGACGAACAUACUGAUAUAAGUUAUCAGAUUGCUGCCGACGGCGCUGCUGGUGUUGUUAGUAGCAGAGAUUUUGUAAACUUGCGACAUUGGAGUUACAUCGAAAAUCGGUAUAUUAUUGCUUGUAUUGGGACCGAACACCCUUCUUUGCCCAAAAAUGAGAAAUACAUUAGGGGCGAAAAUCGGGCUGGUUGUUGGGUGAUGCAAGAAGACCCAAACAAUUGCAACAAGUGCAUUUUCCAGUGGGUUCUCAACACAAAUUUAAACGGUUGGAUACCGCAAUAUAUCAGAGACACAGCAUUUGUCGGUAUGAUGUUCGACUACGUAAAACAUUUAAAACAACACAUAACGCGGUUGCGUGAGAGUGGCAGACUUUAAUAAGUAUUUUUAAGUCCAACUGUAGAUAUUUUAAGUCCAAAUUUUGAUCACUUUGCUUCCCUAUAUACUUACACUAAACGAGUAUCACAAUAAAUAUUAAACUCGUUUUUUUGGCGUUUUUGUUUAGUUUUUUACUGUGAUCAUAAUGAAACGCAUUUACUUCUGUAAGAAGUCGAAAAAGACUGUGAUCAUUGUAGACGUAGAGUAGGAAUCCACCAAGUGUGCAGUUUAUACGAACAUUUUUAUUCUGAUUUAAUGCUUAUGGAGACAGCAUGUAAGUUAAUUUGUGACCAAUAAACUUUUCUACUGAAA